AUGAACGGUCGGAAUGCCAUCCAACAGCAGCAGGCGGAGCAGUCGCAGCAGGAGCCUCAGCAAGAGCAGCAAGAAAAAGGGGACGAGCACCAGCAAAAACUCAAGCAAGAAAAGCGUGAGCGCCGUCAGCAGCAGCAGCAGCGGCGGAGACAGCAACUACAAAAGUGCCGUCGCCGUCCUGAGUCGCUACCAGUCCCCUCAGCUCUACUAGGCGCCGCAUUUGAGAGGCAGCACGUCGACUCUGUUUACGCGAAGAUUGCACCCCAUUUCAAUCAUACAAGGAACCGGCCGUGGCCCAAGGUCGCAGCUUUCAUCGAGUCGUUGCCACCCGACGCGCUUUUGCUGGAUGUUGGCUGCGGCAACGGCAAGUACCUCCAUUGUCGGCCGAGCAUUUGUCACCUGGACAGCAGCAGCGGAGGCAGUAGCACCAAUUGUUUCAGCCCGUACAGCUCAUUGUCAAUAGGCCUUGAUAGGUCCAAAGAGCUGCUACGUUGCGCCUCCGAGGCUGCUGAGGGUUCUUUAAGGCCUCGACUUGUGCAGGCGGACUGCCUGCAUACCCCUAUGAGAGAUGGAGUUGCAGACGGUGUCAUAUGCAUUGCCGUUCUCCAUCAUUUGACUACGGAGGAAAGGAGGCUACAGGCCUUGAGAGAACUGGCACGCAUUACGCGAUGUGGGGGACGCAUCUUGAUCUAUGUGUGGGCACUCGAGCAUCAGUCCGGUAGCGUUGGAGAGCGUAAAUUUCCAAGUCAAGAUGUAUUGGUGCCAUGGGUGUAUCAGAAACAUCAUGAGCGCGCUCGCGAGCGUUCGGAGGGUGUGGCUGUUUGCCAAGGCACAACAGAUACCGACGGGCCCGUAGGAGCCAACUCCUCGGCUGUUCCAUCUCUAAACGACGAGGAUACAGUAUAUCGGUUUUACAGAGUAUUUACGAGAGAAGAGCUGUUGGGCCUUUGCGCCAAAGAAGAGCGGGUCAGGGUACUCGACUGUUACAACGAUACGAACAACUGGGCAGUAGUGCUCGAAAAAUGCACCGACCAGUAG